AUGGAAAACGCAGCCCCUUCCCGGUACAGCGUUUCGGAGCUGAAACAGGAAGAUGUCCCUGGGGGUGCCUGUUGUGCGGCCGAGACUGUCUUCGCGACACUAUUUCCAAGCUACUUGGAAAGCUAUAUCAAAGAGGUGUGGCCCGCCGUUGAGGAGGUGCUGGCGCAGCACCAAUUAGUUGGAAAAAUUGACCUCUUGGAGGGUAGUAUGUCUGUGGCGACUACUCGUCGAACGUGGGAUCCGUACGCGAUUGUUAAGGCUCGUGAUUUUAUCAAGCUUCUGGCACGUAACGUGCCGCUAGCAAAAGCUCAGAAGAUUUUUCAGAGCGAUAUUUUUUGUGAUAUUAUAAGUAUUGGCAUGAAAGGGGCUAGCACACGCCAGUUUGUGAAGCGUAGGGACCGACUUAUUGGGCCGAAGGCUCAAACCCUUAAGGCGCUGGAAAUCUUAACAGGCUGCUAUGUGCUAGUGCAGGGUAAGACUGUCACGGCCAUGGGCCCGGUGAAAGGGACUCAGAUGGUACGCAAAAUAGUCGAGGACUGCAUGAACAACAUUCAUCCCAUCUACGGCCUCAAGCAACUCCUCAUCAAACGAGAGCUAGGCAAGCGAGAAGACAUGAAACACGAGGAUUGGUCACGUUUCAUCCCAGUUUAUAAGAAGACCUUACCAAACAAGGAGAAGUUAAAGGCUGUGCGUAAGAUCAAGAAAGAACGACUCAAGGAGGCCCAGAAGAAGGCGUCCGGAAAGGAAAAGUCUAUUUUCCCUCCUGCUCCUCCGAAGCGUUUGGAGGACAUAGCUAUGGAAAGCGGCAAGGCCUUUUUAUUAAAGCGUCAGCGUAAACCCAGAGACGAUUAUGAGCUACAACCGAAUGCUUCUGAAAGCAGAAAGCGAUCCAAGAAGGAAUGAGAUGAAUUGUCUCUCUAGUGGGUCUUACCGCUGUUUAUGGUAAAGUGAAGCCAAAAAGAGGUUGGAUCGUGAUUCGCUUCUUCCAAGCCGCAGAUAAGCAAGGUGGUGAUUGCCUUUGUACAUUAAUUUAGUUUUUAUUAACCAUAAAGUGACUGGAUCGCAUGAAAUGGAGGAAGUGCCAUGGUGGGAAUAAGUACACAACAUCGAAUAACGACGACUAAAAUGCCCUAAUGAAUGAUAGGAAUGAAUAUUAGUACGGAAAAAAUCAUAAACCUAUCGAUCUAUCUAUAUCUAUAAAUGUAUAUGUAUAGAAA